CAGGCCCGAUUGAUGAAAAUGGUCGAGUGCCGGAGAGAGUGCGUAGCUGGGGAAUCUUCAGUCUUAGUUUACUAAUACGACACUUCUCUGUGGAAAAUUUUGGAGGGAAGCCAAGGUUGAAGACGACUGCGAGUCUGAAAGCUAAUCGUGUUCUUGAACUUUCAAACCUUGCUAUGGAGGUGGGCUCAGAUUCAGACCCUAUAGAAGCGGAAUUGGAAGCGGACCUUGAACCUGUAGAAGACGGUAAUGGACCUGCUCAUCAUCCUUCCGCUCCAUGUGAUGAGUGGAUUGAAAUUCUUAUCGACAUCACUUUGCAGUUAUUUGAUAUCUCAACGACGGUUGAUCCUAGCUAUAUUAUCUCUCUAAUACGGAAACUUCUGCCACAAAACGCAAGUAACCUGGGCAGUUCUUACGGAAAUGGAGAUGGCGACCGUGACACCUCAAUAACCUACAUGGAUGAAGGUGAUGCCUAUUUAUCUGGCGACCAAGUCUUAAGUUUUUCAGGAUCAGUGAGUAAAUGCCUGGGCAUUGAAAUUGCUGAUGGUUCUGAUAAACUUGCUGAUAAAAACGGCGAGGAUGAAGGUGCAUGUACUAAAUCGGAGCAACUUCUUUCAUCCUCAGAAGAAAAGGUCUGGGAAGAGUACGGUUGCAUUCUGUGGGAUCUUUCUGCGAGUAAAUCUCAUGCAGAACUUAUGGUUCAGAACUUUGUCCUUGAAGUUCUUUCUGCAAACCUUAUGGUCUCACAAUCUGUGCGUGUUAUGGAAAUUAGCCUUGGAAUUAUUGGAAACCUGGCCUGCCAUGAAGUUCCCAUGAAACAUAUAGUCACCAAGAGUGGAUUGAUUACAACCAUUGUGAACCAGCUGUUUCUAGAUGAUGCUCAAUGUUUAUGUGAAGUUUGCAGGUUGUUAAAUGCGGGUCUUCAAAGUAGCGAAUGUGUCAUAUGGGCUGAGGCUUUGAAUUCUGAGCAUGUUCUUUCUCGUCUUCUAUGGAUUUCUGAGAAUACCUUAAAUCCACAACUUAUAGAAAAGAGUGUUGGGCUAUUAUCAACCAUUAUUGAAAGUCAGCAAGAAGUUGUUCAUAUUCUUCUCCCAUGUUUGAUGAAGCUGGGUUUGUCGAGUGUUUUGUUCAACCUUUUUUCUCUUGAGAUGAAAAUAUUAACAAAUGAAAGAUCACCUGAAAGGCAUUCAAUUUUGGACGUGAUUCUUCGGACAGCUGAAGCACUCUCUGGACUUGAAGAGCAUUCUCAGGAAAUUUGUUCAAAUAAAGAGCUUUUUGAGCUUGUUUGUGACCUAGUCAAAUUGCCAGAUGCAUUUGAGGUCCCCAGUUCUUGUAUCAGUUCUGUGGUUUUGAUUGCAAAUAUUCUGUCAGAUGUGCCUGAUUUUGCCUUUGACUUGUCUCAAGAUUUGGCUUUUCUACAAGGUCUACUUGAUAUAUUCUCUUUUGUUGGGAACGACUCAGAGGCACGUGAUGCUCUUUGGAGCAUCAGCGCGAGGAUAUUGGUCCAUGUUCAAGAAAAUUCAAUGAGCAGAUCAAGGCUGUUUGAAUAUGUGUCAUUACUAGUGAGUAAGACUGAUCUCAUCGAGGAUGAUCUUCUAGACCACCAUAUGACUGAAUCUUGUAAAGAAGAGGAUGGAAUGACCUCUGCCGGCACAGAAUCAAACUCUAGAUGUAUAUCUUUAAGAAGGAUAAUUUCUAUUUUAAGUCAUUGGACUGCUUCUAAGGAUGAAGGGACGGAUGUAAGAGACGCAUAUCAUGUUGAAGAUGUAGACAUCAAUAGAUUGUUGAACUGUUGCUGUAAACAUUCUGAGGAAUUAGUAGAGACGGAAAUACACUCUUCAUAGCCCAUAGUGUUGCUCUUAGCCACUUUAGUACGUUCACUUAAAUGCCUCUCCAUUCAGCACACAGAGGCCAGGAUCUCAUUUUGAAUCAUUAUCAACCGAAGGAAAGUCAAUACAAAUAGGUUCUGCAAAUUUGGUCCCCAUGGUUUGAAGAAAUUUAGAUUUUAAUUCCUAUGGUUUAUAAUUCGAAAACUCUCAUGAACUAUUUAUGAGGGUUUUAUCAAACCAUAGGGAUUAUUUAUAGAGGUUUUAUCAAACUGUAAGAACUAAAUUCUAACUUUUAAAACUAUGGGUCUAAAUUCUAACUUUUUCUAAAGCAUAGGGAGCAAAUUUGUAAUUUAACCAUACAAAUAUUUACUGAAUGGAUGCGUAGUUAGUGGUGGUAAUGUGCAACCAGGUCAAGCCUGUUGUUGGAUGAUAAUUUAUUGGUCUAAGACUCCUCGGAGUCCCAACAACUUCCAAAAUCCUGCCAAUUGUUUGGUUAUGUACUACUUGUCUUAUAAGUGGUUUGGAGAUGGGUUUAGGACUA